AUGAACGAUUUCUAUGUUGGUGAAUCGGUUACAUUGGUCGCAGAAGGGGAGUUUUCACAUCGGUUCAGUCGGAAACAAACGAAUAAGCAUUUGGAACGUGUAGAGAAGGAUUUCAAUGACAUGUUCCAGAAGCUAUGCGAGAAGUAUGAGCGGGAUUUGGAUGCCGAUGGAUGUUGCGGUUAUUAUGAGGAGAAAAAAUUAAUCGAAAAAACUGUUUGA